CAGUCAUGCUGGCCAGGCCCGGCCGGCGUUGGGUUGGGUGCUUCCUUCCUCGACUGACUUCUUGACGAGAGCAACUUCCAAUCUUGAACAACGGGAAAGAGUCGUCGUCAACCUGCAAAACCCCAUAAAUUUUACUUCUUUUCCUGUUCCUCUUCUCCAUCUGUAGAGUGUAGACAAACUCUCCACGGCAUCUUCUCUCAUCCAUUAUCACCGACUUACAAGUGACAUCGUUUCAUACCAACCAUCUAGCAAUCAUCAGCAUCCGCAGUUAAUAACAAAUCACCGAAAUGGAGGAGCAAGUGGAACGUUUGGUCGAUAGGGCCUGGGAGAAGUAUCUCGAGAUGCCCAACGAUCAGAGACUCUUGAUCGCCAUAGCCGGUAUCCCCGGUUCCGGUAAGCCCUCCCCUCUAACCUGCUUCUCUCUAACCAUCACUAACCUCCCCUUCCCCUUCCCCCUUCUAGGAAAAACAACCCUCUCCCAAAUCAUCGCCACCCGCCUCAACAACCUCCACGCCACCGAUUCCCCCUUUGCUUCUCUCGUCACAGAAAUAGCCACCGCCCUCCCCAUGGAUGGCUUCCACCUCACGCGCGCCCAACUCUCCGCCAUGCCCGACCCCGAACUAGCACACGCUCGACGCGGCGCGGAGUUUACUUUUGACGGGCAGGGGUUUUAUGAGCUAGUGAAGGAACUGAGGCAGCCGAUGACUGAGGAAAGUCAAACGGUGUGGGCCCCAAGUUUCGAUCAUGCUUUGAAGGAUCCGGUGGAGAAGGGGAUUGAAGUGGCGAGGGAGGUGAGGGUGGUUGUUUUUGAGGGGAAUUAUCUCCUACUAGACCAAAAACCCUGGUCCGAUGCUUCCAAACUGAUGGACCUCAAGUUCUUUGUCAGAGUGCCGUUCCCGGUUGCCAGGAAGAGACUGGUGAAGAGGCAUCUGGCUGCUGGGAUUGCGAGUACCCCCGAAGAGGCAGAUAAGAGGGCGGUUGAAAACGAUUUGGUUAAUGGGGAGAUGAUUGAGAAGUUGUUGAGGGAGGAUGAGGUGGAUGAGGUUGUGGAGAGCAUGGAGGAUGGGAAGUGGGUGCACACUUAGGUAGUGAGUGAUGAGGAUACGGAUGAGGAUGAGGGUGG